AUGUCCUACAACUGCUACGUUGCCAUCUGCAAACCCCUGCGCUACGGGACCCUCCUGGGCAGCAGAGCUUGUGUCCACAUGGCAGCAGCUGCCUGGGGCAGUGGGUUUCUCCAUGCUCUGCUGCACACCGCCAAUACAUUUUCACUACCACUCUGCCAAGGCAAUACCCUUAACCAGUUCUUCUGUGAAAUCCCCCAGAUCCUCAAGCUCUCCUGCUCACAAUCCUACCUCAGGGAAGUUGGACUUCUCGUGGUUAGUGUCUGUUUUUCUUUGGCAUGUUUUGUUUUCAUUGUGCUGUCCUAUGUGCAGAUCUUCAGGGCUGUGCUGAGGAUCCCCUCGGAGCAGGGACAGCACAAAGCCUUUUCCACGUGCCUCCCUCACCUGGCCGUGGUCUCCCUGUUCCUCAGCACUGUAAUGUUCGCCUACCUGAAGGCACCUUCCAUCUCCUCCCCAUCCCUGGACCUGGUGGUGUCAUUUCUGUACUCGGUGGUGCCUCCAGCAGUGAACCCCCUCAUCUACAGCAUGAGGAACAAGGAGAUCAAGGAUGCCCUGAGGAAAGUACAUGAAUACACAUUAUUCCAGCUUUAA